GUGAUAGUAAGCUGCCAUAUGGCCGGAAUUUUCAAGGGAAACAAGCUCCGGUCGUCUCUCCAUGAAGCCAGCACCCUGGGCUUUUCAAGCUGCCUCUCAAACUGCUUACUCGCCCCGCCGCCUCUACAAAGCCCCAGAGUGACAGCCGAACGGAUACUCGCUGUUGAGAUCAGCCGAGUUAAGAGCGUUUAAAAAGCGUUUAAAGAUAACAAACCGGGCCCUCCCGCUUGAGAAUUAAUUGAACCCUGAGAACACAGCGAUGCUGCUCGCCCUGUUGGGCUGGUAGUUAGUUGGCUGAAGAGUUUCAGAAAGGCGAGUUUGUCAUCAGGCACCUGGUGGGCCGUUCCCGAGAUGCCACCGUCCGCGGGCUCCACCGCCUCUCUCGACGACGCGUCGGUCCCGUCAGAACCGCUCCUGGACGACGGGCUUUCGACUGAGACACCAUGGUGGUAUGAAAGAGGGAUUCAGAGUCCUUUGUGUUAUUUGAGAUGGAUACCGUUACGCCGCCGGUUCGCUCAGCUUGCGCUUUGGCUUCGAAGUGGAGACGAAAAGGGAGACCUUGAGCAGAGCGGAUUUAACGACCGUCGUCGCUUGACUUUGAGUACGACGCUUUGUUUCUGUCGAAGAUCGAGAAGAGUGCGUUUGCUACUCUUCAUUAUCUUGGGUGGUCUGACCAUGCUGGGCCUUGUCCAGCUGAUUUCACUUCUUUCUGGAGUUUUUGUAUCAUUCUUCCCGAGCUACAUAGAUAGGAAUGUUGACCUUUGGGGAAAAACUGGCGACCCGAGCGAGUACCUUGCACACUGGCCGACAGAUCAGACUGCCGAUAUUAGACCUGUGGCUUGUCAUUCCCAUAAUGAUUACUGGCGACAAGUGCCCCUCUACUCUGCCAUUAAAGCUGGCUGCAUUAGUGUAGAGGCAGAUGUAUGGCUGUUCGAUAACGACCUUUAUGUCGGGCAUACGAAGUCUUCGCUCGCCAUUAAUCGGACGUUGACGAGUCUCUACCUUGACCCGCUUCUUACUUUGCUUGCAAAGCAGAAUCCUGUCACUCGAUUUCAACCUGGCUAUGAUGGACCUCCACAUGGAAUAUUUAACACCAAGCCGUUCCAAACACUUGUCCUUCUGGUAGAUUUCAAGACCAAUGGGCACGACAUUUGGCCAUAUCUAACUUCUCAGCUAUCUCUUUUUCGAGAAAAGGGGUAUCUUACUUACUUUAACGGGACAACUGUUAUCGAAAGGCCGAUAACCGUCGUUGCAACCGGUAAUGCACCCUUUGACCUCGUUGUGGCCAAUUCGACACACCGAGAUAUCUUCUUCGAUGCGCCCUUGGCAGAGCUAGCAGCUUCUGAUUCAAGCGUCACUCAUGCAUCAAUUCCUUACGACUUCAGAAAUAGCUAUUAUGCUUCAGUCUCCUUUCACAAGUCUAUUGGCUUCCCUUGGAGAUUCCAAUUAUCCGAAAAGCAACUAUAUCUUUUGAGAGCCCAAGUCAAAGGUGCGCAUGAUAGAGGACUCAAAGUACGAUAUUGGGACAGCCCUGCCUGGCCCCAUAGCUUGCGAAACCAGAUUUGGACGGAACUGGUUCGUGAAGGUGUAGAUAUCUUGAACGUUGACGAUUUAAAGAGCGCAACCGCGAAAGACUGGAAUAGGAUUUGAAAAUAGACCACAUGAUGCUCGGGGUUUUUUGGCUUUUUGGCGGUUCUGGGGCACUGUUAAUGGCGUUAUUCAUGGAUGGCGGUUGGGCUUUAGAUGGCCGGUGUGUAUUUUGCUGCAUUUAAUUGGCAACGUAUUUGAUGAACGGAUUGGCUAUUAGGCGAGAAUAGUAAACUUAUGAUUUGUC